UACUCAAAAGUGGUGAACUCAUGUUAUUUAUGUGAUAGAAAGGCAUCUCGAGCUGAUAAUAUUUCAUUGCACAGAUUUCCAAAAAAUUUGGACGUACAUAUAAAAUGGCUCAAUGCUUGUGGGCUCACUAUUAAUGAUGAUGUAAGGAGAACUAGUACAUGUUCUAGACAUUUUAAAGCUGAAGAUAUUUGUCAAUCUAAUAUCUUUGGAACUGUUAAAUCUUCAAUAAAACGUAAUGCAGUCCCUACACUUCAUCUUAUAAAUCCAAUUAUUAUUGAUACAAGUAAUAAAUCACAGCCGAAUACACCAUUGUCGGAACUAUUUAAUGAGAAUGGAGUCACCAAUCAAUCAUCAUAUUUUCCUGACAAUAAUGUACUUGAUAUUGUGGAAAAAAGUCCUGAAAAUUUUGUUGAAUUAGACAAUUUUGAAAUUCAAACGUCAAAUAAAUGUAACAUUAAUUCUGAUGGCUCCUGUGAACAAUAUGAUUUUAAUCAGAGUAUGAAAAAUACAAUUUCAAAUUUUAGUAGUGAAGACGAAAAUACUGUUCCAGGCGAAAAUAAUUCCCCAAGUCAAUGUCGAAAACGUAAAUUUUUUGAGCCCCGCUAUAUUAGUGAAAUAUCACCAACAGAUUUUGCGACACCUAAAAGGGCUAAAAGAACCCUUGAUUUAAUUGAAAAAACUGAUAGAAGAAAAACGGAAAAAAUAAAACAGUUACAGAGACAAACUAGGGAUCUCCAACAAAAAGUUGGAUCUUUGCAGGAUUCAAUAAACCAUCUUAAAGAAAACCGUAUGUUAACAGAUGAGAGUGGCGAUGCUCUGAUGUAUGAUGUCUGAAGAUUUAUCAAAUAUAAAAAGUAUGAAAAUUAAAGAUGGAAGAGGAUACUCACCGCAAGUUCGGUCUUUCGCGUUAUCUUUACAUUUUUAUUCACCGAAGGCUUAUAGAUACGUUCGAGAAAAAUUUAAUAAUAAGUUGCCAUCUGUAUCAACAAUAAAAUCUUGGUACAGAGUAGUGGAUGGAUCUCCUGGGUUUACUGAUGAAUCGUUUAAAGCUAUUGAAUUGCGAUGUAAAGAGAAAAGCGGCAUAAUUAACUUGGUUCUGGAUGAAAUGUCGAUAAAAGAAGCAAUAAUAUAUGACAAAAAAGAAUUUCACGGAGGCAUAAGCUUUGGGACAGUACAUAAUUUUGAUUCCGCUUAUUCUGAUAAUGAUAAUCCGAUUACAGCAAAAAAUGCGUUGGUUUUGAUGGCAGUAUCUAUGAAUGAAAAUUGGAAAAUUCCUAUCGGUUAUUUUUUAAUUAGAUCUCUGAAUAGUGAAGAGCGCGCAAAUAUUUUAACAUUGGCAUUUGAGCUAUUACAAAGAGCUAAUUGUAAAGUUUAUUCAAUAACUUUCGAUGGAGCAGCUUCGAAUAUAAGUAUGUGCAAUCAUUUAGGCGCUAAUUUAAAUUAUGGUCCUAAUUUUAAACCCUACUUUACAAAUCCAGUUACAUUUGAAUUAUGUUAUAUAUUUUAUGAUUUCUGUCAUAUGAUAAAAUUAAUUAGAAAUACUUUAGGAGAUCAUAAGACAAUAAAAACUGUUGACAAUAAAUCUAUUUUAUGGUCAUACAUAGAAAAAUUGUAUGAUUUGCAAUGUAAAGAGGGAUUGAGAGUGGCUAAUAAGUUA